AAUUCAUGUAUCGAUAUCUGAUAACGUAUCGUCCAAUCAGAGUAAGUCUUUGGAUUUCGUAACAAAUAUGUCCUCUAGAAAUAACCUAUUCAAUGCUUAACUUGUUUUUCUUUUCUUCAAUUGGUUAUGAACAAGUGAGUUCACCUCUCUAUAACAUUCUUAAUAAAGCUUUAUAUUCUUUUUGUUUAAUGUCUACUUCUCGUCGUCAAUUUGACGUAUGGCGAAAACAAGAUGCCACUGUGUUACUUUGUUCGAUAUUUGCUCAAGUUUUUAGUCAUUUUCGAUAGUAAGAUAUGUGAGACACCGAGUAUUAAAUAUACAACGCACAAACAUUUUAUCCGACAAUUAAUGCUGUAAAAUAUAAACAUUCUUCUCUAUAAUUAUACUAUAUAUAAUUAUGAAGAUUGGAUCUCAUACAAUAAGCACAGUAAUGACAACUUUUUUCAUUGCAUUAAUACAUUUGUCAGUAUUAUAACCUCCUACUUUUUACGAACCGUGAUAUUUCCAAAGAUUGCAAAAAUAUUGAUAAUAAAAUCCAAAGUAUUUUUGACAAAUUAAAAUGUCGGGUGGAGAAAGAAAGAAACGUGGCUGUGAUAGGGCACAAGGAUGGGAAGAAGCUGGUGCUGAAUUUUAUCAAGAAAGUUAUCCUGCAGCUAUAGAAGCUGAUUUACAACAAGCAUUGCAAAGAGAUCCUUCUCAUAUUGCAACUUUACUUCCCAGCAAAAAAUCUCGUGUCGCCACAGCUAAACGUAUAUGUAAUGACACAAAAACAACUCUGAGAAGACGUACUAGUACUAGAUCACGUGGUACAAGUACUGCGAGACGCAUGUCAACAAAUAUUCAUGAUGCAGCAGUUUCAAUGUUACCAGAUUUAUCUGAGAAUUUAUCUAAUGAAGAACGCACGUGGGAAGAAAUAAUGCAGAUCAAAUCUAUGCCUGUAUCUAUGACACAAAAAAUACAAUUAAAAAAUCAGUUACAGAGUGCAACAAAGUUGAGAUUACAAGGAUUCGACCAACUAAAGUGGCAGCAUAGGAAAGUUUGGCAACAAUUCCGUGCAAGAAUGAAAGAGGCUUACUCAAAAAUGGAGCUUUGGAAUGAUAGUAUGAAAAAGAUUGGUGGCAAUUUUGGGAUGGGGAUUGUAGCAUAUUUUUUAUUUAUCAAAUGGUUAAUGUAUUUGAACACAGUUUUAUUUUUAAUUAUAUUUUGUUUCAUUAUAUUGCCAACAAUAUUGUUGGAAGAGACAGAAAAGGAGAUGUGUUUAUCUAAUAAUAGUGCAAGUGUAUCUUGUUGUUCUGAAUUAUAUUGGAACACAACUGAGAGUACCAAUAGAAUUUUAGAAUACACAUUGUUAUUUUAUGGCUCAUUUACGCACAAAAUCUAUGGUGCAGAUGGUUCUUCCAUUCGUUAUAAUUUACCAUUGUCAUAUGUUUGUGCUAUUAUUACUGUUUUUAUUAUCAGUUUAGUAGCGAUCGUCAGAUCAGCCGCUAAAAGUUUUAAGGAAAGAGUUGUUGAAGGUGAGGGACAAUUUUAUCAAUAUUGUAAUUUAGUUUUUGGAGGAUGGGAUUAUUGCAUUCAAAAUGAAAAAUCUGCAGCUGUGAAACAUAAAGCUUUGCACAAUGAAAUGAAAGCAUUUUUAGAGGCAGAGAGACAGGAGGAAGAAAGACAAAAUCGUACGCGAGAAGAAAAAACCAAAUUGUUUGCCUUACGUUUUGUAGUUAACAUAUUAGUUUUAUUAGUAUUAAGUGGCUGUGGUACGUUUAUUUAUUACAUAAUAGAAUUUUCUUUUGACCAAGUUACGUUACAUUCGGAAGGGCAAAAUAACGAUACAAGAUACACGCCUCUUAAUAAGAUCGUGCAUUUAUUUUUUGAAUUUCUUCCAUAUAUUUGUAUUGUUGCUCUCAAUAUUGCAGUUCCAUUUUUAUUUCGAUAUUUAAUAGCUUUGGAAAAUUAUAGUCCUUUGUUUAUUAUACGUAUAACAUUAUUUCGUACUAUUUUUCUAAGACUUUCAUCUUUGAUCGUAUUGUUAACAUCUUUUUACAAAAUCGUUUCACCUAGAGUGUCUGAUGCAGAAUGUACAAAUAAUGAAAUCAGAGAAUUACUUUGCUGGGAGACAUUUGUUGGUCAACAAUUCUUUAAACUGUACACCACAGAUUUCUUCAUACAAUUCUUUAUGACAUUUUUUAUUAAUUUUCCUAGGUCGCUUUUAGCACGUCAUACAGAAAAUAAAAUACUACGAUUUGUAGGUGAGCAAGAAUUUGACUUAUCCAAACAUGUAUUGGACAUUGUAUAUUCACAAACAAUUUGUUGGCUUGGUUGUUUCUUUGCACCUUUAUUGCCAAUGGUAGCUGUAAUUGGUACCUUUUUACUGUUCUAUGUAAAAAAGUUUGCUUGCUUAGUGAAUUGUACUCCAUCAAGUAAAGUAUACAGAGCAAGUCAAUCCAAUUCAUUUUUUAUGUUUAUUUUAUUAGUAUCUUUUAUUUUAGCUGUAAUUCCAGUUGGAUAUUCCAUAGCUGAGAUAAUGCCUUCAAAAUCUUGUGGGCCAUUCAGAGGCUUAGAAUCUGUCUGGACAUUGUUAAUUUUAACAUUUUCACAAUUUCCUUAUUGGUUGCAAUCUAUACUUUUUUUCUUGGGAACUGCUGGUUUUGGAAUACCAGCUUUUGUUAUCCUUGUUUUGCUUUUAUAUUACUAUUAUGCAGUGUCUAUAGCGAAUAAGCACAUGGUUACAGUAUUAAAAAAUCAAUUAGUUUUGGAAGGUCAUGAUAAACAAUUUCUAUUGAAUAGACUCAGUGCUUUUAUCAAACAACAACAAGAUCAGAAUAAAUAUCAUCAGGACCAGGCAAAUGAAUUAGGCACUUUUUCAUAAGUUCUCUUUACAAAUAUUUAUUAAUAACAUAAAAUUACUUCAUUUAAUGUCUGUAUUGAAAAUACUAGUCAUUUCCUAAAUGUACAGAAAUAGUUGACUGAGUAAACCAAAGCACAUACAGUAUAUAUAUAUAU